ACAAUCGACUCGGUAUAUAGUUAACUAGUUUCUAAUUCUGCCGACUGUCAAUAUUUUGCCAUAUUUUGUGAAUAGGCCGAGGUUCUAACGUGACUGAAACUUGAAAGUUAGCUUUUGUCAGCUGUUUUGUCACGAAUCAUAAUGGCAUCGAAUGAUCUAUUAGAGGACAAACGAGUUGAAGAUUUAGCUGCACAUCUUGCAGAGACAACAGAUAAGAAUGUUCCAAAUCUGCUGCUCGCCUUGCAAGAUAUUCUUGAUAGUGUUGUACCUGGCUCACAGAGGGCAGAGAAGAUCAAGAAAGAGAUCUGGAAUUUUGAACUUCUACAGAGCGUCCUUCUUGCUCUCAAGCAGGACUUCUCUCUCAUCAAUGGCAAGUGGAAUACUGCUGCUGCACUUGCUAAAAUCUUAGCGCAUUGCUCCGUUGGUCUCGACCCGCCCGACUCCCAUGAAUUCCAUGCUCUCUUCUUGCCCGAGGCGACCGAACGUCUCCUCAUCCUCUGCCGUAACAUACAGCACAGAUACUGCAAGAUUCCAGAAAAAACUCUGACACUCAAGGAUGAUCUCAUCAAGAACUUCAAAGAGGUUGUGGACUCGCUGCAGUGGCUCUACAGUGGUCACUUAUUUCUGACUACAAACGUUUUGAGAUCAAACUACCUCCUUCAGAUGCUGAUAACUGAUGACAGAGAGACAAGUAUUGUUCUUCUUGGAAUGGUUCAGAGUGCCGUCAGGGUCAAUUCGUUGGUCCUGAAUACAUUGGAUGAGAAAGUGGUACACAGUUUGCUGGAUGAAAUCAUUUUCAAAUUAUCCGCAUUCAACGAUGCUGAGAUUGGAGCUGCAGCAACGAGGGCCCUUGUCAAUAUUGCAGAUGUUCACACCCCUCUUAUCAGACUGCUCUAUACAAGAUACAAAGGAUUGAGGCCCUUGUUAAGUCGUUGGACUGGAAGAGGAUUCGGACGAGAUUUGAAGAGACUUCUUGCCUUACUUGAUGCCGGAUCAGCUCAACAAGCCGAGCUUAAUAGACUGCAUCGAGCAGCAACCACCAUUCAAGCAAUAUGGAGAGGAUUCUUACAAAGAAAGAGAUUAAAAAGAGCCAAUAGAGGUCUAGCAACACUUCAGAGGUCAUACAGGGCAAAGAAGGAGGAGAAGUCAAGGAUCCAGGAGUAUGAGAGAGAACAGAAGGAGCUGGAGCAUCAGCUCCUGAUGGCAAGGAGAAAAGCUAUCCGAGAAACCAGACAGAAACAGCUGGACAUGAUCAGUGCGAUGCCUCCAGGUGAUGUCAACAAGUACCUUGAAAUGUCUCAGAUCCAAUGUGCCAUCAGAAUCCAGGCAAGGUGGAGGGGGGUCCUGGAGAGACGUAAGUUGGGCCUCAGGAAAGCCACAGCUCAGCAGGUCAAGGCUGCCAUCACCAUCCAGAGACUUGUAAGGAGAUUUCUCAAGAAGCAAGAGGAAAGGAAGAAGGAGCCAUUGCUAUGGCAACCACCCCCUGGUCUGGAUGACGAUAGGCGGGUGGAGCUGCAGAAGAUCAUCGAUGAGAAAAGGAAUAAAGAAACGCCCAAGGAACGCAGCCGGGAGGCCCAAGAAGAGCUUCAUAAACAAACCCAGGAGAUGCUUCUCAGGUACUUCGCAUUCAGAGGAAAGCAGAGGAAGAACUACCAAAGAAGAGAAGCACUUCUUGCCUCUCUUGAAACGGAUGCUGACUUGUUAACCAAUGCACCAAAAUUGGACGAUGCAAGCAAUCGUGACGUCUACACCUUUACCAGUCAUUCGGCACCAAUCGCCGCUAAGGCUCUAUCCAAUCACCGAGAGGAACUCCUACUCCUCAGGCAACCAUGGUGGAGGAAACUCCAUAUAGAAGAGAAAACCGACGAUGAAAUUGCAGAAGAAUAUGACACAGAAUUCAAGAUCCUUUAAGAGUUUUGAGGGAUUUUUAUUUGCAUUUUUUUCAUACAAAAUAAUCAGUACUUAUCUAUGUACCUUGAAACUUUUCACCUUGAUAUUAAUGAUGAUGAUAUUCCACUUUGGCAAAAAUUAUCAGUAUUUGCACAUGAUUGAAUACCUUGAGAUUGUCCAAGUGAUGUAUAAAUGGAUUUUAUGCUUCAAUGCUUUAAAAUCGUAAAUUAUUAACACAUUUCAUGAUUACAGUGGAAGAUAAAUCUGUAGAAUUUACAUGUAAAAGAAUAGUGUCUUUGGUUUAAAGAGGUCUCUGAAAUAUACUAGUUUUCCAAGUAAUGUAGGUAACCUUGGGUAAUAUUACCCACUUCAGGGGCCCGUUUCAUAAAGGACUUGCAACUGUUGUAACUUUGCCAUUACUAUGGUAACAGGGCUCAGCAGCCAAUCAUAAUCAAGGUUUCCAUGGUAGUUGCCAUAAUGGCAAAGUUACAACAGUUGCAAGUCCUUUAUGAAACGGGCCCCAGUUAUAUGAAUGCUUCACCAGUGAGUCGUGCAUAACCUAUCAAACAACUAUGCUCCUGAAACUAGUCUAUUCUCUAUGUGGAGAAAAAAAAAUUGUAUUACAGACAAAUGGUUGUUUACAAUGUGGAGUCUCUUGUAAAUAAGAAAUAUAUUUAUUUGUAUAAAGCCAGAAGGGGUAGUGGUGGGGGGGGGGGAGGCGAGCACUCUUCAUAUGUGCCCCAUUUGUACACUAAAAUUUUGAUUCCAAUGCAUGUAAUGGCAUUUUCUCUUUUUGAGCAAAAUGAGAUGGAGCACAAUUCCAGCACUUGUUUUUAUUCUCUUUUGGUUGCUCUGGCCCCUUUGAUCCAUUCCCGGAACAUACCAUGUCAAUGGUGGAGUGCCCCCCCUCCCCCACCCCCACUUUCCCAGGUUUAGAGUACUAUAAAAACAUUCCAUAUUAUUAUUUUUUAAUUAUUUGUGGAGCCGAAUUUGCCAAAAAUUAAAAAAAAAUAAUAUUCAUUAAAUGAUGUC